AUGGUUGUUACUGUUAUUAACCUCCUCCAAAGAGUCCCCCACCUAAACCAGUAGAAGCCCCUCCUCCGAAAAGACCACCUCCGGGUUAUUACUGUUGCUAUUGUUGACCAAAUAAGCCACCACCCCCUGCUGGCUAUUAUUAUUACUGACCAAAUAAACCUCCUGCUGGCUGUAGAUUAAGUGGCUUGA